CCCAGUUGAUUGCAGCCAGCCAGCCAGCCAGCCAGCCCAUCCUUGCAGGGGCUCCGGGGCAGGCUGCGGGCGGGCCCGGGGGGUGCUCUCUGCAGAACCGCUUGGCCCCGACCGGAGCUGCUUUUGUUCAAAGUUUAUGGCGAGGGCUGGAGGCGCGGGGAGAGGCGGAGGGGCGGGGAGCGGCUCCAAGGGGGGAAGGGAAGGCAAAGCCCCGCUCGGCUGCCGCUCCUGCCGGGCCGGCGGAGGCUGCUCCCCUCGCCCGCCCGCCUCCUCCUCCUCCUCCUUGGCCGAGCACGGCGGCGGCGGCAGACAUCUCCAUCUCGCCGUGCGCCAUCAAUUGAAAUGGCGCAUUUGGCCGGCGGCGGCCUGCCAGGGCCCUUUCUGCAAUCGCACAAAGCAAGUCCGGGGACGUCAUUUGCUUUCAAGGGCCUGCAGGAAAUGUGGCGUUUACAAGGCGAGACGUUAGCGGAGGGGGGUUAAGGGGGGGGGGGCACGGAGAGGGGGCUGCCAUAAGGAGACACACACACACAGAGAGAGAAAGCAGGGCAUCUUCUGCCCGUCGCCACGUUUCCCUGGCCCCCCGCUCUGCAUCCUGACGGCCGUACAAAAAAAAAAAAAUUAAUUAAAAAAAAUUCCCCAAACUUGCUUUAGUUUAUCAACAAGUGCAGCUCGGGUGCGCCCCUAAUUUACUCGGGGUGGACUCCGGCGAUGUGCGAAACGUGCCCCGCGUUACUUCUCCGGGAGCUGGCAAUUGAUGCCGAGUUGCAAACGCCCCGGGAAAUAUUACAUCAGCCCGAAUGACAGUGAUUAAAAUCAGCUUUUCUCCCCCCCCCCCCCCCCCCGCCUCCUUCCCACUAAGUCUAUGCAAGGACGUGACUCCGGCCCUGCUACUUCGGCGCCGUUAAACCGUUAUCCCCCCAGCCGAGGAAAAAAGGCGAUCUCAGAACCGUUAGCAAAAAAAGGGGGGGAUUUUUGCACAGCACCGAGAGAGAGAGAGAGAGACUGAGGAGGGGGUGGGGGGAGAGGUCAGCUUAAAAGGAAGGGGAAAGUAGGUAGCGGUUCCGGAGUGGUGGGGUGGGGGAGGCUGUAACCGGAUUUUUCAAAAAGAAAACCCUGUUCGAGAAAGAGUUAAUGUUGCAAAAGCAACCACAGGAAAUCUGGAAGGGGGGGGGGGAGAUCCCCGUUUUGCUCGCAAAAUUAGCCAAGGCGAGAGCGAAAGGGCUGCGCUAAUUGCAGCCCAGCGCGGUGCCCGCGAGGCGUUUGCACAGCCCGGAGCCACAAUCCGCGCGCGUCCCCCCCCCCUCACUCCCGCUCCCUCCCUGCGUUAUUUAGAGAGGAGAUUAUAGCCUUUCUUCUCAUAACAGCCGCGGCUGCUUCGUCUCAAGGCGCUUCUGCCCCCCCCUCUUCUUCUCCCCCCCCCCUUUUUCCUUUCCUUCCCCAUGUAGACAGACAACAACAACCCGAAAGACACGAAGCGGGGGGCGCAGAGAGCGAGGCGAUCCCACUCUCUCUGAAUGAGACCCGGGGAGGAGGGGGGGGGGGGAAGAAGCCUGCAAAUCUCUAAUAUUCCGUCGUCGCAGCAGCAGCAGCAGCAGGAGGAGGCGGUGAGCAGCCGGUGAGCUGCAAAGGACCCCGCGGCCCGAGCUUGCCCAGCGCCGGCCAGGCAGGCAGGCAGGCGAGGUCGCCGCGCACCGCCCGUGCCCGGAGCCCGGAGCGCCCAGGGGGGCUCGCACGUCUCCUGGGGCGCACAAGGAGGAAGGAGGAGCUAUGUCCCGGUUGUCUUUAACACGGUCUCCAGUUUCUCCCCUGGCUGCCCAAGGAAUUCCUCUCCCAGCUCAGCUGACCAAAUCUAAUGCUCCUGUGCACAUUGAUGUAGGUGGACACAUGUAUACCAGCAGCUUGGCAACAUUGACAAAGUACCCAGAUUCCAGAAUAAGCCGUCUGUUUAAUGGCACGGAACCUAUUGUCUUGGACAGUUUAAAACAGCACUAUUUCAUUGAUCGGGACGGUGAAAUUUUCAGAUACAUAUUAAGCUUCUUAAGAACGUCGAAACUGCUGCUCCCGGAAGACUUUAAGGACUUCAACCUUUUAUAUGAAGAAGCCAGGUACUACCAGCUGCAGCCGAUGAUCAAGGAGCUGGAACGGUGGAAACAAGAGAAGGAGCAAAGGAAGCAUUUUCAGCCAUGUGACUGCUUGGUUGUGAGAGUGACGCCGGAUCUUGGGGAGAGGAUCGCGUUGAGCGGGGAGAAGGCGCUCAUCGAAGAGGUCUUCCCGGAGACCGGAGACGUGAUGUGCAAUUCCGUCAACGCUGGCUGGAACCAGGACCCCACCCACGUCAUUAGAUUCCCUUUGAAUGGAUACUGUCGGUUGAAUUCUGUACAGGUACUUGAGCGAUUAUUCCAGAAGGGGUUUAACGUGGCAGCGUCCUGUGGCGGUGGUGUGGAUUCCUCUCAGUUCAGCGAAUAUGUGCUAUGUCGCGAGGACAGGAGAUCACAGCCCAAUACCACAAUCAGGAUAAAGCAAGAACCCCUGGACUGAGGACCCAAUCCCUUCCCCUCCUUUGUAAAAGUAGAAGUGUCAAAUAGUCCCUCGUGUGGAAAAAAAAAAACUCAAGGAUUUUCAAAACAGUAUUAUGCAGGCGACUUGGGUGUUGCCAAUUAGUGGUAUUUUGGAAACUACCUGUCGCGUUGCCAGCCAUGAACUGCAUUUGACAACAAAGACGCAGACCCACACACAAACAAAAAUUCAGUUUCUUUUGUUAAUAAAUCACUGAGUUUGCGCCUCGCUCAGAACGGUUUGUGGGCAAGAGCUCUUGGCAGAAUGGCUGCAGCGUGGACAAGAGGCGAUGCUUCAGUGAAGAACAGACAUUGACUGGAUUUGUGCAGAAAGACCAAUCGGUAUCAUUUGAAUAUGUCUGUUGAAGGAACACAUCUGCCAGCUCGCUGGAGGACAAGCCCCCUCCCCCCCUUGGUGGCAUUAAAGACAUGGUGGCCACCCCAAGGAAGAUGGUGCUGUGUUGAGUGUCUUCCCCUCUCCCCGUGGAAUGCCACACCUUCAUCUGAUAAGAUAUGCUUUUACACCUCCAUUGCUUUACCUCUUCUUCUGUGUUUUCAUUUGCUCGUUGUUAUCAAAUGGCUUAUUUUUCUGUACCACCCUCUCAUUGUUCGUGUGCAGAAGCUACCCUGAACAGGGCCAGUUCUCAGA